UGGUAGGGUAGGAUGGGUCUUGAAGGCUUUCCCAGCUGGAGCAACGACGACUGCCGCCAGUUGGACCUCGACAAGGCGCAGCAGUUGAAAGUCAGCAGUCAAGCGGCACUGUACUGCGUUGUCAGGAAGGAACACGCCACUUGCACCGCACGCGCGACCAGCACACCCCGCAGCCACGCUUGCAAUGAAAGCUCAGGUCAGGCCACCCAGCUGGGGGUGUCGCGCGAGCCGACAACAGACACAGUUGGGACAAUUGGGCCACGCAGGCAGGCCCCGCCUAGUCAACGGGAUUUCGGCUCAGCCCUGCUGGCGCAAAAAACGCUACCUGUGGGAAGUUGCGUAAUGCGGCGCGUGUGAGCGAGACGAAAGGAAAAUUCCACCACACAUGACUCUCCUGCGUUUUAUGUUGGGAUAAGUGUUAGUCCGCCCAGCUGGCUGUCACUGUCUCGUUAGUCGUGAUUUUUUUGCCGUUCAUUCGUGAGUGGCGGCGAUAGGCACAACACAAGAGAAGCGAGGCAAGGCAAAGAUUUCUUUU